GAAGAGUCAUCUCUUAAUAUCCCAGCUAUUGCUGCUGCCCACGUUAUUAAGAGAUACGUUGCCCAGGCACCGGGUGAACUCUCCUUGGAGGUGGGAGACCUCGUGUGCGUCAUCGAUAUGCCGCCUCAGGAGCUGAGCCCCCGCUGGAGAGGCAAGCACGGCUUUCAGGUUGGAUUUUUCCCUGGUGAGUGCGUGGAGCUCAUUAACGGAAAAAUCCCGGAGUCUCUCAUCAAUUCGGUGCCAAAGCCAGUGCCAAAGAAGCGCGGCAAGCUCCUCACCUUCCUUCGUUCCGUGGUGAAGGCCCGGCCAAAGCAACGGAAAGAGCGGGAGGUGGAGAAGGAGAGGGUGUUCGGCCGUGACCUGGGAGAGCAUCUUCUCCACUCUGGUCGUGAUGUCCCCCAGGUCCUCCAGAGCUGCGCCGAGUUCAUCGAGCAGCAUGGCGUGGUGCAGGGGAUAUACCGCCUGUCCGGCGUGGCGUCCAACGUCCAGAGACUGCGCCAGGAAUUUGAGUCUGAGCAGGUUCCUGAGCUAACCGUCCGCGACGUUCACAGCGCGAGCUCCCUCUGCAAAAUGUACUUCAGGGAGCUCCCGACCCCCCUGCUGACCGACCAGCUGUACGACAAGUUCUCGGAUGCUGUUGGUGCCACUACGGAGGAGGAGCGGCUGGUCAGAAUGCGGGACGUCAUCCAGCAGCUGCCCGCUCCUCACUACAGGACCUUGGCGUAUCUGAUGAGACACUUGGCCUGUCUGGCUGGGCACUGCUCCACCACAAACAUGCAUGCGAAGAACUUAGCAAUUGUGUGGGCUCCAAACCUCUUAAGAUCACAGCAGAGCGAGUCUGCCUGCGCCAGUGGGAGAGCUGCCUGCACGGAACUGCAGACGCAGUCGUCUGUGGUGGAAUUCAUCAUCGACCACACAGACGUCCUCUUCUGCUCCACAUCUGGACCUGACAUGGCAGGUGGAGCAGGGCACAGUUCUCUCUCAGGGCCCCAGUCUGUGCAGGCGUCUUCUCCUGCUACAGAGCUGCUUAGCCUGGAGGAGGCGCAGGCACGGAGGCGAGGCCACAGCAGCUCUCCUGUGGUUGUGACUGAGAGCAGGGACAUAGAGGUGGAAGAAGGCCCCGCAGCUGUACGGGGGAAAUUCCACACAGUCAUCGACUUUCCAUCUGAAAGACCAAGUCCGCCCACCAUGAUAAAGGAAUCACCAGCUGGCUGUUGGUGUUCCUGCUUCAGCCUGGGAAAACCAUCUUCUGGGGCCAAACGCCAGCCACAGCGCCGUCCCAGGGAGCCCUCAGAAAUAGAAAUCGUAGUGCUGGCAGAUGAACUGAGCCCUUGUCCACCCAGAAGAGCCGGAGCAAGUAGCGAAGCUGGGCUGUGUGCUUCCCCCAGUGGAGAGCUCUUGGGAAGCACAAAUGGCUGCGGUUCACAUGACAGCCUUCCAUGUAACAACAGUGAUGGAGAGAGGGAGCUCAUCCAAGUUCAAGCCCUCAUUUCUCCCGGCUCUGCUGAAGAUGCUGACCUGAGCCCGCCAGGCACCACAGUCACCAGCCUGGACUGUGACCUGGCGCCUUUGCAGUGCAGCCCAGCCCAAGCACAGUCCGAGUGCCCCGACAGCAGCACCUCUGUGCAGGAGCAGGUCGGCAUCACCGAUGAGAAGCCGUGCCUCUUGGAGGGGGGCUUAGAAUCAGGCCCUCAGUCCCAGGCACCGUGCAGCGGAUCUGACAGCUCUGAGCCACUCUCUCCGUGACCUUUCCAUCCAAGAGAGGACGAUUCCCACCUUUACCUGGACCUCUCACGCCCUUCUGUCCUUUCCUUUAAUAAUAAAAGCACACUCGUGCUCACUCAACACCUUGAAUGCCUGUGGAGUCUUCAUUCACGAGGACUGGGAUGAAUGCAACACACAGCAAGGCACCUCAGCUUGCAACGCUGAGGCUGCAGGGUGCAUGAAGCAGAGCUCCAGCUGCGUCCAUUCCUGGCUCUCAAUCUCCCAAUCUGCAGUUGGCUGAGCCACCACACGUGGGAGCGGUCGUUGGGAGCCGGCUGUUGGAGGCGCGGCAGACCUCGGUGGCAGCCGUUGCUGUCCUGGCAGCAGUGAGGCGGAAGCUGAGGCACGACGGGAGCGAGUGCUGAGGGCAGCUCUGCCGGAGCAGCACGGUGUUUCAGAAGAGAGAAAAGCAUGGCGGGCAUCAACUGGAUUUCUGUGGCUGGUAAAGCUGUGCCGAGAACUGGGCUGACUGCUGCCCCUGGAAAUGUGUGCAAAGUCUGCAGAGGCAGAGGAAUGACUUUUCUCUCAAAAGUUGAGCUUGUCUAAGGUAGGUCACUGCUGGGAGAGCUUCUGCUUUAAAGCAUCAAGUUGUAUAAGUAAGGUAAUUUAAAAAGCAAGCUUGCCAGUUCUUUUUUACCUAAGUGAUUUUUUAGCACGGGAAGGUUGGAGAGGCUUUUUGCGAACCGAAGAUGGAGGGAGGAAAAGCAAGUGAAAGGCACGCUGUGCACAGCCAGCACACAGCACCUGCACCAUUGCCCUGCACAAAGGAGGAGCAGCUCAGCAAGCUUGGCCUGGGCCAUGGAAGGGAGCGUGCAAACGUCUGGAGCAGCCCCAGAUGGGCUGGUUCUGCAGGUUGCUGUCUGCUGCUGUUUUCUCACAUCCUGUUGCUCGGGGGUGGAUUUGUUCAUGUUCAGAGCUAGCAGGAAGCUCGCAAAGCCCUUUGUUUCAGCUGUCCCAAGGCUUUGAUCCCUGGCUGCUGGGAUGGGGCGUUUGAGGAGUGAUGCCUGUGCUGUUGUCCAGCCAAGCUUUGGGGGUGAGUCUCGUUACCAGGGCAUGUCUGACAGGACUGAGGGUGGGGGACCGGGCCAGUGGCACUUUGCUCUCGGUCUCGGUGUUUGUCUUUGCUCAGAAGGGCAGGUGGUGAACCUCACGAGCCAAAGCCUGCAGAUGGGGUUUGCGGAGAAAGAGGUCCUGCAGGCCUUGUGUGGCAGCCACGGAGCUGGAGCGAGGCUGCGUCAGUGUAAAAGCCCAGCAAUGCACAGAGGUGUGAAGGUGAGCUGUGGGCUCGAGUAUCACAAGAGGGGGUGUGCAUGGUCAGGGCUUGGAUGCUUCUGUGUGUUUGAAGUGACUGUGGGGUAGUUAGCACUGCUGGGUGAGCUUGAGUGUCUGGAACAAGUGUGACGUGUCUUCCAGUUGCACGCUGUGUUCUUCCUGUUGUGUUGAGCUCUUGAGCUCCAGCCCUAAGUGAGGAUGCAAGCGCUACUGCAGAAGGAACGGGUUGAGAUUGGAAAUGCAGUGCAAAGGGCUGGAGACAGCAGGAGCUGGGAUGUGAU